AUGCUUCGUCGUACCUUUUUCAAGCGCGCACGUGAUGAUAUAGCUUAUUAUCAUCGCCUGUUGCACAUUCCGUAUGACGAACCAAACCCUGACGCCUCCAAGGCAAUUCCUGAAAUCGUUAGCAUAGUUUCAAAGAAAGAAACCGAAACACCUCCGCACUGGCGCAAGAACUGGCAAGAUCUGAGAAAGAACAGAUUAACAGCGAGCAACUUCUCACACGCUAUCGGGUUUAGCCCCGAGGGUAGACGAGAGCUUUGGCUAGAGAAAACCGGAGUCUCAAAGCGAUUCUCCGGAACCAGAGCCACGUUCUGGGAAGCUGAAAACGAAAUCGAAGCGCUCGAGAGAUACAACGAGCUAACGGGUCACGAAAUUCUCAUGCCUGGAUUCGUAGUGCACGAGGAAGAAAACUGGUUAGGAGCGUCUCCAGAUGGACUGAUCAACGUGGUUGAUAAAGACGGUGUGACUUCGAGCGGUGUGUUGGAAGUGAAAUGUCCGUUUCAUCACAAUGAGUCGCAAGAAGCGUAUCCGUGGAAGAAAGUUCCUACGCAUUGUGUUCCUCAAGUUCAGGGUUUGAUGGAGAUUGUGGAUACGGAGUGGUUGGAUUUGUAUUGCUGGACUCGGAGUGGGAGCAGUUUGUUUAGAGUUUGGAGGGAUAGGGAGUUUUGGGAGGAAAUGAGACCGGCGCUUGUUGAUUUUUGGGAGAAGCAUGUUGUGCCUGGGAGAGAGGUUUACAAUGACGCUGGUGUGAGAGAUCCUCAUGUGAAGAUUAGAGAGUUUAUGCCUAAGCCUUGUCAUGAAGACUGCAGGAAGAUUAUGCGUGGAGCUGAGAGGAUCAGUGAGAACUGUAACCGUUUGUUUUAUGAGAUUGGAGGGAACCUUGUAGAUUGA